GAAGUUUGAUGUGAUUUUUGAAUAUUUGAUACAGGUGGAAGACUUCCAGUGACUUGGUAUCCAGAGACAUUCACCAAGGUGCCCAUGAAUGACAUGAACAUGCGAGCUGACCCUGCUCAUGGUUAUCCUGGGAGGACCUAUAGAUUUUAUGAAGGGAACCAAGUGUAUGGCUUUGGACAAGGCCUAAGCUAUACCAUUUUCAUUGACAAGUUUUCAUCAGCGCCAAGCAAAUUAAGUGUAGCAGGGUCCUUUGCAGCUGCUUAUAGUCCAAACAUACUGCGUCAAAACCAAGAAAGGUUUGGAUAUCUCCAUAUUGAUGGGGUAAAGUCUUGUGAUUCAUUGAGAUUCUAUGUACAUAUUUCGAUGGAAAAUGUUGGAGAUAUGGAUGGAAGUCAUGUGGUCAUGUUAUUCUCUUCCUCACCAAAACUUUUCAAAGGCAUUCCACGUAAACAGCUGAUUGGAUUUGAUCGCGUGCAUACCAUUUCUCAUCAAUCAACCAAAACAAGCAUUUUAGUCAAUCCUUGUGAACAUCUCAGUAUUGCAGAUGAGAAUGGUAAAAGAAUAUUGCCCUUGGGCAAUCAUGUUCUGUUGCUAGGAGAAGUCAAACAUUCUGUGUCCAUUGUAGCUUAUUAAUGUCACUGAGGCUGAUUCAAACACAAAUCUGUAUAUGAUUUUGCAUCAAUAAUGGAUUGCAAAUUGU